CUAAAUUAUAAAUGACAAAUUUCACUUUAUCACUGACAUUAAAAACUUGAAAUAUUAAACAAAUUCUUAAUUUAUAAUUAGCACUUGAGAAGUUCACGGAGCAGACUAGGUUUUGAAAAACAAAGCAAAUAGUUGUAAGCCAACACUGAGUUUUUGUUGGGAAAGCAAAAGCAUGGCAUUGAGGCGUUUCUUUGGGUUUUCUGAUGGCGAGUUGAUGAGGUCAGAUGCAAAACCUUGUUCCAGAUUGAUGAGGCAUACUGCUGGGAUUUUCAGUGUUGGCGGAGGAUUAGGAUUUUGGGUUUUCUGUCGCUUGCAUUAUGGUCCAAGAAUCACAGUUCCCAGGAGUCUCAGGUGGGCAGCUUGUGGAGCUCUCUCUGUAAGCUCAACUACUGCUUUGUUGGUCCGCCUUUUUAGCCCUGAAUGUGAACCCCAAAAUAUAGCUGCUUAUGACAACAAGAAAUAAUGCUUGGCUAUCCCAAGUUCCGAUGUGUCAAACGAAUUCUGGUACUAUUGAAAGGUGAUCAUGUUAUAUCCCAUGUCUCAGAUAAAACCGCUGGACUAAUUCUUGUAGUCACAUUUUGUGUGAAACAUGUAAAAGAGUACCUUUUAUUUGAAAAUGGAUGUACUAUCAAAAUGUUGUUCUUGCAAGAACAUGUAGUCUUCAAUGUAGGAUAGUCAUUUGUCAAUUUUGUGCAGGUGCUAUUGGUUGGGUUUUAUUUUAA